UAUUAUUAUUUUACAAAAUUCCUUGAAAUUUUUCUCUUCGAUGCUUGUGAUGAUUUCCUUAUAUCUUGCGGUGAGGUGAAGACUUGGAAGUCAUUCGCGAUUCACGCCAAAUGCACUUUGCGCCGCAUCUGUAGUGUGUUCGUAGUUUUCGUUCCCUUGACAGUGAAUCCAGGUCGUUUUGCGGUCCGCGAGUCGUUUGAUGCCGGAAUUUGAAACAGUUGGAUUGGUGCGGGUACUGCCUAGCCCUGGUUGUGCGUAGGAGCAUUUGGUGCGCUUGUUUGCUCGCUUGAAAGUCUGUUUUAGCGUCCAACUUGUGAAGACUUCAUAGAGCGGCUUCUCUCGAGACAGUAGACAUGGCCUGUCCUUUCGCGAUAUUAAGCAUCAAUGGCGAAGGAUCAAAAUGUCCUGUAGGCAAGGUGGGGGAGAAACCUAAGGAAGAAGUGACUGCUAAGUCUGUAGACGAGACUGCUGGUGAGCAAUGCGAACGUAAGAACGGAGGUGAGAAAACUGGUGGAGGCAAAUGUCCUUUCGGGUUCGACAAGAAAGCUUCAACGAUGGAAGUUUGUGAGGCGAAAGGUGAUGCCCAUGCUGAAGCAAAGAAGAGCGAUAAUAUAUCAGGGCAGUGUCCCUUUGGCUAUGGAAAAUCAGAAGGAAGCAAGGAAAGCCAUGAAAAUGGAGUUGAUGAACAGGGAAAGGAAAGGAAAGAUGAGAAUACUGAGGCGUCAGCUGGGGGUAAAUGCCCCCUUGGUUAUGAUUCUGUCUCUUUUAAAAUUGGACCCUUCAGCUGCGUAUUAUGCCGAGCUCUUCUGCAUGAUAGUAGCCGGUGUGUUCCAUGCCGUCAUAUCUUCUGCAGAGGAUGUAUAUCACGCUUUCAGGACUGUCCCUUGUGCGGGCUUGACAUAGAAAAUAUUGAGUCUGAUCCUGAAAUGCAAGGGUUAGUUGAUCGUUUUAUUGAGGGACAUGCACGAAUAAAAAGGCCCACUGUCCAGUCUGGUGCAGAAGAGGCAUCUGCUGGAAGGGACAUCAAGUAUGAGGAUAUUUCAGUAGAACGGGGAAGUUUCCUAGUACAACAAGCCAUGAGGGCAUUCCAGGGGAAUAAUUUGGAGAGUGCGAAGGCAAGGCUGGGUUUAUGUAUAGAGGAUAGUCGUGAGGAGAUGUCACGGUCUGGUGCUACGUCUACAAAUUGCUCUCAAUUGGGUGCAUUACUUGGAAUGCUGGGUGACUGCUGCGGGGCCAUGAAAGAUGUCGAUGGAGCUAUUGCAAGUUAUGAGGAAAGUGUUGAGCUUCUGACGAAGCUGCCUGACAGGGACAUUGAGGUGGUGCAUGCACUAUCGGUCUCACUGAAUAAACUGGGCGACCUGAAGUAUUACGCGCAAGAAUUGAAAGCUGCUCGAGCUUUCUAUGCACGGGCCCUCAAUGUUCGACUCGAAGCCACCUCAGAUUUCACUACUCUGUCUUCACAGGUUCUGGAUGUGGCCGUUUCGUUAGCUAAAGUUGCAGAUGUGGAUGUUGCAUUGGGCAAUGAAAGUGCUGCAUCAGAGGGCUUUCAAGACGCUCUUAAAAAGCUCCAAAAUCUAUUGCCUCCUAAAACCGCUGACGCUGCUUCGCUUGAGAAAAAGCGAUUGUCAGUGAUGACCUUUCUUCAGAAUCAGCUCACCGACUCUGCAUCAUAGUUGACAUUAACGUAGACAUGUAAGCUGCAUUGAAGGUGGCAAAUCUCUACAUUUUCCUUUUGUAAGACAGCGGAUGGUACAGGUUGCGGAAGUUACCGACUGUCGUGGCGUUGUAGAAGCAUGUUCAUGUUAUUGAGACGCACACUGUAUUAAAUGUAAAUUUCGACGUUGGAUUUUUUGAAGUUUUUUCAACCUACAUUAAUUGCAAUGGCGACUAUAUCAACUGCCAUUGGGAUGGUGCACCUGAAUCAAAUCCUUUUGUUGUAAAUAAUGCAACAAAUAUAUGCCUGUAGAAAUUUGAGAAAGACAUACUUUUUUUCAAAUUAACUUAGGAAUGCACGUCGAAAACAAUGUCCCUCAAAGCAAUUCACAUUCAAGUAAGAGUUUCUCAAGGAUUUGAAAUUUGAA